AUGCUGCUGGCUCACUCGGAGCGUGUCAAGUCUAUGGACUUUCACCCAACGGAGCCAUGGAUGCUUGCCAGUUUAUACGAUGGCCAUGCCUAUAUCUGGAACCAUGAGACGCAGGCCCUUGUCAAGACCUUUGAGGUGUCGGAUCAGCCUGUCCGCGCUGCCAAGUUUAUCGCCCGGAAGAACUACGUGAUUACAGGAUCGGACGACAUGCAGCUUCGCGUCUUCAACUACAACACUCACGAAAAAGUUCACAGCUGGGAUGCACAUAGCGACUAUAUCCGAUGCAUUGCUGUUCACCCGACACAACCCUAUGUCUUGACCGGAUCUGAUGACAUGACGAUUCGCCUCUGGGACUGGGAGAAGAACUGGAAGUGCCUUCAGACCUUCGAGGGACAUACCUACUUUGUCAUGUGCAUUACAAUCAACCCCAAGGACACCAACACAUUCGCCUCGGCUUGUGUUGACGGAACUGUUAAGGUCUGGUCGCUCGGAUCCAGCGUCGCGAACUUUACUCUGGAUGGUCACGAGAAGGGAGUGAACUGGGUUGAUUACUACUACGGAGGCGAAAAGCCAUACAUGAUCACAGCUGGAGAUGAUUCGUUGGUCAAGGUCUGGGAUUAUCAGAAUAAGACUUGCGUUCAGACGUUGGAGGGACAUGCUCAGAACGUUACUUUUGCCAUUUUCCACCCAGACCUUCCUAUCAUUAUUUCUGGAAGCGAGGAUGGGUCGGUCAAGAUCUGGCAUGCCAACACCUAUCGCCUGGAAAACACAUUGAACUACGGCCUCAACCGCGCCUGGACCAUUGCGUACAGUCGCUCAACAAACGACGUCGCAUUGGGAUUCGAUCUUGGAUCUGUCGUCAUUAAGCUGGGUCGCGAGGAGCCAACCGUGAGCAUGGAUAGCGGUGGAAAGAUCAUUUGGGCCAAGCACAAUGAUAUCCAAACUGCCAACGUUAAAGCCAGCAUGGGUGACGAAACAAAGGAUGGCGAGCGUAUUGCUUGCGCUGCCAAGGAUCUCGGCAGCUGUGAAGUGUACCCUCAGUCUCUCCAGCACAGCCCUAACGGACGUUUCGUUGUUGUCUGCGGCGAUGGCGAAUACAUCAUCUAUACGGCGCUUGCAUGGAGAAACAAGAGCUUUGGAAGCGGACUGGAGUUUGUCUGGGCAUUGGAUUCUAACGAGUACGCUGUUCGUGAGUCGACCAACAAGGUCAAGCUGUUCAAGAACUUCAAGGAGAAGCCCAACUUGAUCCGGUUGAACUACUCUGCGGAAGGAAUCUUUGGAGGCACGUUGCUGGGAGUCAAGAGCGCCAGCUUUUUGAACUUGUACGAUUGGGAUACCGGAGCCACUGUCCGCCGUAUUGACUGCGAGCCCCAGAAUGUUUACUGGUCCGAGACUGGUGAUUUAAUGACAAUUGCUUGCAAUGACAGCUUCUUCGUCCUGCGUUACAACCGCCAGGCGUACGCCCAAUUUGUUGAGGCUGGUGGUCAGGUCGGCGAGGAGGGUGUCGAGGAGGCUCUGGAGUUUGUCUCUGAGAUCCCCGAAACUGUACAGACAGGAUGCUGGGUCGGAGAUUGCUUCAUUUACACCAACGCUGCCAACCGGUUGAACUAUUUGGUUGGUGGACAGACGCAAGCGAUCGCUCACUUUGACUCUGCUCACUACCUUCUUGGCUACAUUCCCCGCGACAACCGCCUGUACCUUGUCGACAAGGAGGUCAACAUUGUCAGCUAUGGCAUUUCGCUGUCGGUCAUCGAAUACCAAACUGCGGUUCUCCGAGGAGACAUGGAGAUGGCAGAAGAGAUCUUGCCGCGUGUUCCUCACGAGCAGCGCAACAAGAUUGCUCGAUUCUUGGAGGCUCAGGAGCACAAGGAACUCGCCCUCCAGAUUUCCACUGAUCAGGAUCACAAGUACGAAUUGGCCCUUCAACUGGGCGAGUUGGAUUUGGCUGUGGCAAUCGCUAGGGAGGUUGACUCUGAGUCCAAGUGGAAGACUUUGGGUGACACUGCUAUGGAGAAAUGGCGCGUCAACUUGGCCGAGGAGUGCUUUGUCCACGCCAAGGACCUGAGCGGCCUGUUGCUGAUUUAUACCUCGAGCGGAAACGCACAAGGUCUGAAGAGACUCGCUGAGAUGGCUAAGGAAGCUGGCAAGAGCAACAUUACCUUUGCUUGCUAUCUCAACUUGGGUCAAGUUGAUGACUGUAUCCAGGUCCUAAUCGAGACUGAGCGUAUUCCCGAGGCUGCACUCAUGGCCAGAACUUAUCUUCCCAGUGCUGUUCCUCAUGUCCUUCAGCUGUGGAAGGAGUCGCUUGCUGCUGCCGGCAGGAGCAAGACUGCCGACGCCCUUGCUGACCCUGCAGGUUAUGAGGAGAUGUUCCCCGAUUUGCAGAUUGCCCUUCAGGCUGAGGAGGCCAUCAAGGCCGCUCAGUCUCAACCUGUCCCCGCCAGUGCCUAUCCUCAAUGGAAGGAGCAUGCCCACCGCGACAUUCUCGAGGAUUUCAAGUCUGGUCAUGGACUGGUCGAUUUGACUGCAGCUGAGCCAGAAGUCUACUUGGAGUCUCAUGGCAGCCCGCUCCAGACCAACUCGUCACAGAUUUCAGCCUCGUCCCCCCUUGUUCACAACGGCGGUCUUAAUGGUAGCCUCAAUGGGGAUGGCUUGCCUUCGAGACCCUAUCCUUCUUUGGUAGAGGAGCGUCUUGACUCGAUUAGCGAUAACAUGAGUUACAUGUCCCUGGAAGUCAACACCACCGGCACCGGUUCUGUCAGGGGUGACUUUGACUUUGAUGAUACGUCGAGCCUGGUGACGUCUGACCACGACCGUGUGAUGAUGCAGGAGAUGAAUGCUGCCAAGGAGGAGGACGCGUUUGAGAACCUUAUCUAG